CUCGAACAAAUCUGAUGUCUGGGAGAGGAAAGAGAAAAACUUCACACACCUGCUGAGAACAUCAAGAUGAGUCGUGUGUGUUUGGUCCUGGGGUUCAUCCUGAUCAUGGCACUCUAUUCAGAUGCUAUGCCACACAGCCUUAAUUCCAUCCAGUGCUGUUUCAAGUAUUUUAAAGGCAGAAUUCCUCCUGAGAAGAUCAAGAUGGUUGAAAAGAUAAGCUCAAAGUGUGCAGCACACGGCUUCAUUGUUACGAUGGAUAACAAGGUUGUCUGUGUUCGCAAAAACCCCUGGAAAAAAUAAAUCAAUACAUUCUAAUAAAGUGGCUUCGAUGAGACGGAAAUGGAAACUAAUAAUAAACUUCUUGUGACUCUUUCUGCAAACUAUGAUGCCAUG